UAUAAACAAAACACUGACAGUUUUUUUAAAAUUUAGUUUCAUGGACUAGGGUUUGGGCUCAUUUAUAGUGAUGCUUGUGGCGUUCGUACUCGUCGUCUCGUGUCUGCAAUACGACUUAGCUCGUUGUCAUGCGCCAAUGUUUGAUGGCACAGACAGAACCCUCCCUAAAAACCUGAAGGACAAUACAAUWACCGACCGAAUACAAGAAAACAACAUCAUGGAAGUGAAAACUGACAAGACCAUGUCGCUAUUCGAGGGAGACAUUGAGCUGAUGUCACAAGAUAAAGGUCACGUGGACACCUCCCAGACAGGCAACGCAGAGAAAGCCGACGUGGAUGUUAAUGGUUUAACAAGUAAACGAAAAGCUAUYAGAUCAAGAAAGAAAAUUUGGCCUUCUAGAACCAUCCCUAUACAACUGACUUCAGAAUUAGCUUCUGCCCGAGUGAACAUCAUAAAAGUGUUGAAGGAAAUCCAAGAUCACUCGUGCUUGAAAUUUAGAGACAAAGAAAACGGCGAUAAAAACUGGAUAAAGAUGGUUAAGAAGUCAGGGUAA